AAAUUGAGGACCACCUGUAAUAAUAUUAAUAAUCCCUGUAAUCUCUGUAGAUUAUUUGCCGGUAUCGUCCCAUCUGGAAUCUAGAUCUGCAUUUGCGGCCAGUUUUCCUUGCAGGAAUAAUGAAGGCAACUGGGAACCAGCCUCCAGCAAUGCUUCCCAAGAGAGGAGAAUAUAUGCUAAAGGAUAUCAGUCGAAUGGCAAAGUAUUGCCAGGUGCCAAUGAAUUUACCAAAGGAUUUCGUAAACUCUGUGAUAGUGAAAGGAAGUCUGCCUGCCAUGCGUUUCAUCACUGCUGUGGAAAGAGCAGAACCUCAAUUUCUGGAGCCUGUUUCUAGAGAACUCUGGAUGCGCAUUUGGUCCAGGGAUGAAGACAUAGUUCAGCCAGAAAGUAUAUUGGCAGCUGCAGAGAAAGCAGGGUUGUCCUCAGAGAAAAGCCAGGAGCUUCUGAAAAUGAGCACCUCACCUGAGGUGAAGAAUCGCCUGAAAGAGACAACUGACAAAGUCCUGAAGUUUGGGGCAUUUGGAGUGCCAUGUUUUGUUAUCCAGACUGACGGACGACCCCAGCUUUUCUUUGGUUCAGAUCGUGUAGAACUAUUAGGAAAUGUUUUGGGAGAAAAGUGGCUGGGGCCCGUUCCCACAUCGUCUAAGCUCUAGUUCUCAGGAGCAAUGAGAAAAUGAAGAAAUCAGAGGUCGUCAUCAAACUAGAAUAGAAAUACUGCCCUGGAAACACCCAUUUAUUUGAAUGUGUUAAGAUGCAUGUCAGUGUUGUGUUACACAUGUUUAAUGGGUACUAAUAUAGCCAUUAUAUAACUUGAUUUGAAAGGCUAGUUGUGAGGGAGGGAAUGUCCAUUAUUACACAAAUUCCAGCACUCACACUGCUUUAUAUCAUUUAGGUGUUAUUGUCAUUGAUCAAGUUAGACAAAUUAUCUCCUUUAUAUAAAUUGACCUGAUAGACACCAUUUUUCAUUUUCAUGGUGACAUCAUUACACAAAUAGUGUAGACCACUACAGUACAAAUUAUAUAAAAUUAGCAUAAUUAACUGCUGAAUAUUUUGAAGCAAUGGACUUGUAAGGAGAUGCCAAAUAGAAAUUUGGUCAAUGAUCUUCGAAGCAAUCUGGAUGAGGUAUUUCCGUGGUGGGAUUCAGCCAGUUUACACCAGUUCACUAGAACAGGUAGCUAAUUGUUCAGUUUGGCGAAUCAGCUGAAGCCUUGCCCCUCCCCUCCGUCCAGCCACUGCCUCCAUCACUGGGAGUCCAGGCACCUCAGCAGGCGGCAAGCGAGGCCUUGGCUGGGUUCCUCAGCAAACAAGGUCUUCGCAGGGGGCCAAUCUAGUGCCCGGACUGGCUACAACACAAACGUUCAUUCUCUGCCUUAUUUGAGAUUCCUAGCUGCAAUGGAUAGCAAAGCUAGGGUUGACGUCUAUCUGGAAGCCGCUUAUUCUCCAUGCGCUCGGGCUUUUCCCCACUUUAGCCUCCCGACCAUCCGCCUGAACCUGUGGAGGCGAGAGAGGCAGAGAGGGAUGAAUUUUUGCCUAGGUUUGUCCAUCUGUUGGCGGGAAAACGGAUGGGGGCCUGUGGAGGAGGCCGUUUUUAUCUGACACAACAGCCGGACAAAUAUAGGCAAAAAGCCAGUCUCACCGGCGCCCAGCUUCACCAACAGCAGGUUUGCAAAGGGCAGUCAUGAGCUGCCGCCUGUGUCAAGCUAGACUGGAGAGGGAGAGCGGAGUGAGCAAGCACCGAGGAGACAGGAGGAGGGAAGGGGCGGACAGUCUCCCCCUAGUUAUGCAAGCAGAGGUGCGCUUCCCAUUUCAGUAGCCCCCUGUAGGAAAAAAACCCCUGCAGCUUGGGCCAGGUUGCUGGGCUAUCUGCAGAACUUCCACGCCCAGAAUGGACCUUCCGCACUACCUAUAUGUGCAUAUCCGCUGGCAGCGGAUGGUGUGUACAAAAUGAGAGGCUUUGUCUCCCCUGGGCAGUACAGCCGUGUCUCUCAUUAAUGCCGGAGACACUGAGGAGAAGGCGUUGCGUGCUUGCCAAAAAAUCUUUCUGACAACAGAGACGAGAAUAUCAACUGUUUCUAGCCCCUAAUUCUCCUUAAGCAUUGCCAGGUGAGAAACAGCCCUGGCAGACUUUCUAAGCCUACCUAAAGCAGUGAAGCUUUACCUGCAGGACGAAGAAGAGAUGUUAACAAGGUUAGAUAUUAACAGCUUUUGUCUGGAGGAGGAGGAGGGAGAAAAAAGAGAGAAAGUGGCUGUGAGACGCGCCCUGCCUGCCAGGCACUGUGCCUGACCAGCAGGGCACUUUCCUUCUUCCUUUCCUCCUGCCCCCCUGGCCUCACCCACUGGAGUGAGGAUUCCCUCCUAACCCCGCCUGGCUCACACAGGCACCACCCACACGAGUGAUGUCGAAUUGGCCAUGUCCACCAAGUCACAUGACCACCCAGCUGGUCAUUAGAGCAGAGAAACAAUUGUUAAAUUAUUUGAAUCCCACCACUGAGGUACUUGAAUGGUAUAUGCAAAACUAAAGUUUCAUUGUAAUAUGGAAGCUUCUCUUUCAGUUGCUUCUUACAUGUUUUUAUUAUUUGUUUUUUCUUGCCCCUGGAAAACCUGUUGUAUGAGUAAUAACACAGGAACACUAGGAAUGACUGUCAUUUUAAGGCAAAAGCCAGUUAUAAAAAUCACUGCAGGUGGUAUGGGACUUGAGUGCACAUAGCUGGGGGCAUCUAUUGGUUGAAAUGCAGAAAUUUAUAAUAUGCAAAUUUGCAUUUCUGUGGAAGGGCAAAGUUUGAGGAAAGGGGCAAGAGAUAGUUUGAGGGAUGGUCUGAAUGAAUUUCCACUUGCUCAUGAGGAGAGUUUAUGAAAACAUCUUGGCUCACUGCACCAUUCAGGGAAGUUAAGAGGUUUUCUGAUUCAAAUACAAUUGAAAACAAUUUUUGAUUGAAUACAGGAGAAUUUUAAAUUAGACGUUCCACAAAAAGGUUCCACAAAAAGAAAAGAUCGCUAAGAUCUUUGUGCCUUCCUUCUAUUCACACUGUGCUUUCUUUGCUCAGAUUUUCUUGUAAUAACUAUUGUCUUCUUUUUUGACUGAUAGGAAUGUUCUAAAGAAAGUGCUUUUUCCUCCAAAUUAAACAUUCAGUUUGAAUCUUAAAUUGUGGGGAAGUCAGAGCUAGGAAUCUUGGCUAGGAUCCUCUUAGAUAUUGUAAACAUGUUUCAAUUAGCUACUGAAUAAACUCAUUUUCUGAGUCAAGACAA